AGCUUGGCACGUUGUACAAGUAGUAGGGUCGUGCGUAGUUCAAAAAUAACCAAACAAGGAUGGUAGAGGGCUCCAGCCUGUCUGUUGAGUCUGUGUUAUCUGCCAUUGAUGCGUUGUAUAUGAAUCCAGAUACAUCUGUCAAAGAGCAAGCUUCAAAAUGGCUGUGUGAAUUUCAAAAAUCAGUUUAUGCUUGGCAAAUAUCCGAUCAGUUGCUUUACAUGAAUAGAGAUUUAAAUUCUUGUUACUUUGGAGCUCAAACCAUACGCAAAAAGGUAUGUUUUAUGUAGGAGCCAGUAAUACUUUAAGAUUCAAUGUCACUUUACUGAACUCCCAGUGGAGUCGCACGAAGGACUAAAAAACUCUCUCCUGCAACAUGUCCAAGAACUUAGAGAAAACACUAGCCUACCGAUAGCAAAUCAGUUAUGCUUAGCCGUCGCAGAUUUGUUUUGCCAUAUGGUUCAGUGGAAAGAUGGUAUCAAAGAUAUUGUUUCGAAAUUUUCAGAAACAGACGUCUCCUGUAGCUACUUAAUUGAUAUUCUGAAGUUUAUUCCUGAAGAGAUGAACAGCAGUACUCUUCGACUAGGAAUGAAUCGUCGACACGCUCUUAUGAGUCAGUUUGAAGGGAGCAAACAGUUUGUGUUGGAGUUUCUGUCUCACAGAGCAAAAUCAGAACAAAUGGUUAUCUUAGCUAAAGUAUAUAAUUGUCUUGCAAGUUGGUGGGAUAAUACUGGAGUCAUGGUUGAACACGAUGUACCGAUUGACCCUCUCUUAAACACUGCAUUUGCUAUCCUUCGGAAUCCUUCAACUACUCCUGAAUCAACUUUCGAUGCAGCAUCUCAGUGGGUGCUAGCACUUUUAUACCAGUGUAAGCAACUUAGCAACUCAAACAGUGAAUUACUGCGUUGGCUUCAAGAAAAUAUUUACAGUCUAGUUAGUGUUGUGCAGGAAUGUUCCAAUUCUGUCGCGUCUGCGUUGGGAUCAAUUCAACAACAAGAACAGCUUGAACUGUACAAAGAUCGGUGUACUUGUUUGGCUCACAUUUUCUCGUCAUUAGCCAGAACUUUACGGCCUCCUCUAGUAGAUCAGCCCACUAGCCCUGGAUCUGGUGGUCUUGGAGACUUGCGUACUAUGGAGUGUAUUCUUGUAGUUCUUGAAAUACCUCCUCCUCUCGGUAGUCGUGAAUUGGCAUCUAUUACAUUCCACGCCUUACAUUCGUUGGCUGAUGAUGCAAUUCGACACCGGUCCAUGAGUGCUGCAGUAUCUGUGAAUCAGGGUCCCUUGGAAUCUUCGGUUAACAACUCUAAUACCUCUACUGGCGUGGCACGCCCAAUUGCAGCCUUAAUUCCUUACUUCACUCGCGUUGUGGUUGCGUUAACUAGUUACUGUCCUAGUAAUACAUCCGACUUAGAAAGCACCGAUGAAUUAAGAGAUUUUCGUGAGGAUGUUCAUGAUCUCAUGCAAGAUAUUCUGGGUUUGGUUGGAGCUGAGGCUAUUUUUGUCGAGCUAUACAAUUAUGUACAGAAGCUGCAAAUGUUAGCUAUGUCUGAGAAUGCACAGGCGUCGGCAUAUGAAGUGCUUCGAGAGUCUGAAGCAUGUCUGUUCAUGCUUACAACUGUUGCUAAACGUCUAUCUCCUCGUGAUCCUGAAGGACAUAUUUCGAAUCUUAUAUCAAAAUUAGUACUCCCAGGUCUCACAGGACCAUGCCCUCCUGCUCUUCAAGAAGUCGGUUGUAUGCUGUAUAUGGAGUUGGCUCAUUGGGCUGCCUGCCAUCCUCAGCUCCGGCGUCAAAUCGUUAACCAGCUGAUUGAGAUCAUCGAGAAGUCUGCUGGCGUUGAGUCCCAAUCUUUACGGCCAGGUCAAAAGCUUGCUGUUGGAGCGGCACUUUCAGCUCUUGGUUCUUUAUGUGCUGUGUAUCGCGCAACCCCAACAUCUACACCUAACGGAGAUGUUUCUACUCAUUCCCCUUGUAACUCCGAUUCUCUUCGUCUUGCUUUAAUUGACGAACAUUGGCAAGAUUUGGUCAAUCGAGUUGCCUACAAUCUACCAAGACUUGCUUGGGUUCCUAUCCAUGAUGCUACUCAUUUUUUCGCUGGUAUUGGACGAGGUCUAAUAUGCUCUGUGGGCACAGGUGGUGGGGGAGUUGAAUUCGACCCUCGAGUGUCUAGACAAGCUUUUCCGAUGAGAGUAGCACAAAUAUGUAGCGUCAGCUUGGAAUGUUUAUCUAAGCUGAUGGAUGGUAAUGUCCCUAUCGAAGGUUCAGAUACUCUCAGUGAUCCACGUGUAUGGCUUGAUUACCUAGCAGCACUGUUUCGUACUUUCAAUUGCCUUUUACGACGUUUGGGAAACCCAAGUUCUAGUCAGUGGGACACAAGGGAACGCAACGCUGUUGAUCGUACUACGUCCGAGUUGGUGCUUUCUGCUCAGAAUUGUUUAGCUGAAUGCUUGCAGUUAGUUAGAGAAGUAAUAUGGCCAGUUGUUACCCGUGUACUCACACAUUAUGCCUCGCGCAUGCGUCCAAUGGAGCAUGUUUGUCGUCUCAUACGUUUCAUUGUGCGUUGUUUUUCUGUGCACUUACGAGAUCUUCUCCCGGAGCUUGCUGAAAAAAUUGUACUGUCUUACACAACUGGAGGACAACAUUCAAGUUUUCUCUAUUUAACAAGCGUGCUAGUUGAUGAAUUCGGAGAACAAUUAGAUUGCAGAGUUGGUUUGGUUAACGUGUAUGAGGCAUUGAGUGGUCCAACACUGAAAUCUAUCUCUGGUUCUGGCCUUAUACAACAACCGCAUACUGUGGAAGAUCUAUUUCGGUUAUGCACCCGACUUGUACAACACUGUGCAGCUGUUUUUCUCACCAGUAGCAGGAUCAAUUUGAAUGAACUCUGCGAUACCGCUGUCUCUUCUCUAAAUCUGUGUUGUACCGGCCCUGGUGCUGGUUCGUCUAGUGAUGAUACACCGGAUCCAAACUCAUCUAAUAAUGAUGAAUCGAGUUCAUCGUCAGCUUCUACCAGCGCAUCAGCUGCAGCUGCUCGAUUUUUCAUCGAACUUAUCAUUUUUACGAACGAGGCAUGUGAGGAGACACCAAUGCAGGUUGUACAGAUUUUGGAGUCUGGUAGACAUCUUCCUACUCCCUCUUGCCAGUCAGCUCUAGCUGCUCAAAAUGUUAUUGUGUGGUUAACUUACUCCAGGCCUACGCAGCCUACUGAUCCUAGUAAUAUGAAUAGUUGUUGCGGCGGACAACGGUUAGUUUCAGCAUUAUUGCAAGCAUGUUGUCUUGGAUUAAUGGAUGAAAGGUUUCCCGAGAUGGCGGAUAUUUUAUAUCACCUUAAGGUCAUGAUUAAUCAAGAAAUGUUUCUUAACUGGCUGAAGAACGCAGUAGCCAAUUUGUCAACUAUGCGUACUGAUGGUUUAGUCCAAGCUACACAAGACCAAAUUACCGAUUUUCAAGAUGUUGUUAUGAAUUCAUCCCGGAGUUCAACGAUCGUACAUGCACUUGACUCAUUUUCAAGAUUGUUCCGAUGAAUUAUGCUCCCUGUAUACAAUUUUCAGUGUAUAAAAAGUAUUCAUCUCUCACUUUGCACUAUUUUAAAACAAGCUUCUACCUUUAUUCUAGAUAUCUUUGUUGUUAUGAGCAAUUUUAACCAAUGUAUUUUAAAACCUUAUAUAUAGCCACAUUUCGAGAAUUUUUCCAAUCUCCUUGAAUCUACUCUUUUUAUCCAUAACUAUAUGCAGAAUCCAGUCAAUUUGGUUAUAGUAAAUGAGCUAUUUAAAAUCAAAGAGAACAUUUUAAUCCGGGUAUUCAGCUUUAUUACCAUUAUUACUGAAUUAGAUUUCACAGAUUAUCAAACCUUAUGAACGGCUUAAUAAUUUUCCAUAGCAUGGCGAUAUUGGGAGUAAAUAAUAAUGUUUGUUUCACCAGGCUUUACAAAUCGAUCUUUGAAACUAAAAUAUAGUGAAGGAGAAAUCUUAACGAUAUCUGGUCAAUUGAUAUACAUGUUUAGAAGCACAUCAUGUUCUACUCAUAAUAUUGAAGCUUUAUUUUUGUGGACGUAAGUGUGCCACUACCAAGCUUUUAACUCAAAACAGUUUGUCUUUAGGAAUGUGAAUGUUUCAUUGGGGUAACAUAUUGCAAUUAAUCGAUGUCUUAUAUCUGUGUUCUAUUCAGUUUUUACUAUUACGAAUAGAAUUUUGUUCGAGCCGCUCUUUAAUCGUCAUUGACUCUUCCUUGACAAGAAGUACUGGAUUCUUUUUGGAGUACAUACUACAAUCAAUGCUAUCAACAUAUUUAUUCGAAAUGCUUCCCUUAGGUUAAGGUUACCCAACAAAAUAUUAUGUGGUGCUAUAAAAAAACCUAGUAGUUUUGGAUAAAAUUCUGUUACUCAGUAUGUAAACGACACAAUAACAG